AUGCACGGGCCGGAGGAGCUCGCCAUGGAGGAUGAGGAGGGCACCGAGGAGGAGAUGUCGUUCAGUGACCCGGAGGACUAUGUGGACGAUAUCACGGAUGAGGAGUUGCUCGACGAUAUCUUGAAAGAACGGCCACAAGAAGCGGAUGGCAUAGACUCUGUCGUUGUGGUGGAUAACGUCCCUCAGGUCGGACCUGACCGUUUGGAGAAGCUGAAAAAUGUUAUCAAUAAGAUUUUCUCCAAUUUGGAAAGAUCACCAAUGAGUACUACCCAGACACAGAAGGAACAACUAAAGGAUAUAUUUUCUUGGAGUAUGCAUUACCAGCUCAGGCUCAGGAUGCAGUAAAGAAUGCAGAUGGAUAUAAGUUGGACAAGCAGCACACCUUUAGAGUAAACAUUUUCACAGACUUUGAUAAAUAUAUGGUCAUUGGUGAUGAGUGGGAGGUUCCUGAGAAACAGCCAUUUAAAGACUUUGGUAACCUUCGGUCUUGGCUUGAAGAUCAAGACUGCCGUGAUCAGUUCAGUGUUAUAUAUGAGGCAGGCGACAGAACGUCCAUAUUCUGGAAUGAUGUGAAAGAACCAGUUCCUGUUGAGGAGAGAGCCCGAUGGACUGAAACAUAUGUUCGCUGGUCUCCAAGAGGAACCUACUUGGCUACCUUCCAUCAGAGAGGUAUUGCUUUUGUGGGGAGGAGAGAAAUUCAAGCAGAUUCAGAGGUUCAGCCAUCAAGGGGUACAACUCAUUGACUUUUCUCCUUGUGAGAGGUAUCUUGUUACCUUUAGCCCUCUUAUGGACACUAAGGAUGACCCACAAGCAAUCAUUAUCUGGGACACUCUAACUGGACAGAAAAAGAGAGGAUUCCAUUGUGAAAGUUCAGCUCACUGGCCUAUCUUUAAGUGGAGUCACGAUGGCAAAUUCUUUGCCCGAAUGACACUGGAUACGCUCAGCAUUUAUGAAACACCUUCCAUGGGUUUGCUGGAUAAAAAGAGUUUGAAGAUCACAGGAAUAAAAGAUUUCUCCUGGUCUCCUGGGGGUAAUAUCCUAGCGUUCUGGGUUCCAGAAGACAAAGAUAUUCCUGCUAGAGUGACCCUAAUGCAACUUCCAUCCAGGCAAGAGAUCAGAGUAAGGAAUCUUUUCAAUGUGGUUGACUGCAAGCUUCACUGGCAGAAGAAUGGAGACUACCUUUGUGUGAAGGUGGAUAGGACACCAAAGGGAACUCAGAUCAAUGUUUUCUCUUGCCUGCAGGGUGUGGUAACCAAUUUUGAGAUAUUCAGAAUGAGAGAGAAACAAGUCCCAGUAGAUGUGGUUGAAAUGAAAGAUGGCAUCAUUGCUUUUGCCUGGGAACCCAAUGGAAGCAAAUUCGCCGUGCUCCAUGGAGAAGUCCCUCGGAUAUCGGUAUCUUUCUACCACGUCAAGAAUAAUGGCAAGAUUGAGCUUAUAAAAAUGUACGACAAACAACAAGCUAAUACAAUCUUCUGGAGUCCACAGGGACAGUUCUUGGUCUUGGCAGGAUUGAGAAGCAUGAAUGGUGCCCUGGCCUUUGUUGACACCUCAGACUGCACCAUCAUGAAUAUUGCAGAGCAUUAUACAGCCUCUGAUGUGGAAUGGGAUCCAACAGGCCGUUACGUUGUCACAUCUGUGUCCUGGUGGAGCCAUAAAGUGGAUAAUGCAUAUUGGAUGUGGACAUUCCAAGGUCGUCUUCUCCAGAAGAACAACAAAGAUAGAUUCUGUCAGCUUUUGUGGCGACCAAGGCCACCAACCCUGCUGAGUGUAGAUCAGAUAAAGCAAAUCAAGAAAGAUUUGAAGAAGUACUCAAAAAUAUUUGAACAGAAAGAUCGAUUGAGUCAGUCUAAAGCUUCAAAGGUAAAACAAUACUGCAAAUGGAUUUUGAACUCUUAA